AUGUGCCUUUUAUGCAACAAAGUUUUGGGCAAUGACGCUAUGAAACCAUCUAAACUGCAAGAUCAUCUGAGAAGAUGCCACCCUGAUAAAACAGAGAAAGAUUUGAAAUACUUUCAAACACUCAAAGAUAAAUUUCAGAAGAGACCUACACUGGACAGGAUGUUCGCUUCGACGUCACAAAGAAAUGAUGAUGGUUUGCGGGCGUCUUACAAUAUCUCGUUACUUAUAGCAAAAUCCGGAAAACCGCAUACUAUCGGAGAGAAGUUAAUUUUGCCAGCCGUUGAAGAGGUUUUAAAAACUGUUUUACACAAAUCUGCAUCUGAUAUCAUUAAAAGAAUUCCCUUAAGCAACAAUGCUGUUGAAAGACGUAUUGAUGAAAUGUGUUCUGAUAUUGAAAGCUUCUAA